CUGCCCUGACUUUUUUUUUCUUCAACACCCUCUCGUUCACCCCUUCCCCCUUCAUUCACUCACAUCUCGCCCAUCAUGCCGUAUACUAAGACGGAUGAGCUCGCCAUCAACACGAUCCGCACGCUUGCGAUCGAUGCUACCUCCAAGGCCAACUCCGGCCAUCCCGGCGCCCCUAUGGGCAUGGCUCCAGUGGCCCAUGUCCUCUUCAACAAGUUCAUGACCUUCAACCCAAAGAACCCCGAAUGGGUCAACCGCGAUCGUUUCGUUCUUUCCAACGGCCACGGAUGCAUGCUUCAGUAUGCUCUUCUCCACCUCUUCGGCUAUGACGUGACCAUGGACGACUUGAAGAACUUCCGCCAAGUUGACAGCAUCACCCCGGGCCAUCCCGAGUCCCAUGAUACCCCUGGUAUUGAGGUCACCACCGGCCCUCUCGGCCAAGGUUUCGCCAAUGCUGUUGGUCUUGCCAUUGCUCAACAGCACACCGCCGCUGUCUUCAACAAGCCCGGCUAUGACCUCAUCAACAACCACACCUAUGUCUUCUUCGGCGAUGGCUGCGCCAUGGAGGGCGUUGCCAGCGAGGCCGCCUCUACGGCUGGCCACUUGCAGCUCGGCAACCUGAUUGCCAUCUACGACGAUAACCACAUCUCCAUUGACGGUGAUACCAAGUGCGCAUUCACAGAAGACGUCAUGAAGCGGUUCGAGGCAUAUGGCUGGCACACCCAGCACGUCGAGGACGGUGAUCACGAUUUGGAGGCCAUCGAGGAGGCCAUCCGCAAGGCCAAGGAGGUCAAGGACAAGCCCUCAGUCAUCAAGCUGACCACCACCAUUGGCUUCGGCUCCAAGCUCGCAGGUACCGGUGGCGUGCACGGCAACCCCCUCAAGGCCGAUGACGCCAAGCAAGCGAAGGAGAAGUUCGGCUUCGACCCCGAGAAGAGCUUCGUCGUGCCCCAGGAAGUCUACGACAUGUACCACAAGCACGCCGCCGAGGGUGCUGCUGCUGAGCAAGAGUGGAACCAGCUGUUCGAGAAGUACGGCAAGGAGUUCCCUGAUCUGCACAAGGACCUGGCACGGCGGUUAACGCGUGACCUGCCCGAAGGCUGGCAGAACAAGCUCCCCACAUACAAGCCCACUGAUCCUGCCGUUGCAUCCAGGAAGCUGUCCGAGACCGUGUUGGAGGCCAUCCACGACGUCAUCCCCGAGCUGCUCUCCGGUUCCGCAGAUUUGACGGGCUCCAACAACACCCGCUGGAAGAACGCUGUUGACUUCCAGCCUCCUAACCUGGGCAUUGGUGACUGGACCGGUCGCUAUCUCAGGUACGGUGUGCGUGAGCAUGCCAUGGCCGCCAUCAUGAACGGUUUGUCCGCAUACGGCACCAUCAUCCCCGCUGGUGGAACCUUCCUCAACUUCGUCUCCUACGCCGCAGGUGCUGUCCGCCUGUCAUCUCUCUCACAUCAGCGCGUCAUCUACGUCGCGACACACGACUCCAUUGGUCUCGGAGAGGACGGACCGACUCACCAGCCUAUCGAGACCCUUGCGCACUUCCGUGCUCUGCCUAACAUGAUGGUUUGGCGUCCGGCUGAUGGCAACGAGACGUCCGCUGCCUACUACAUGGCUCUGACCUCGAAGAGCACCCCCUCCAUUCUCGCUCUCACCCGCCAGAACCUUCCCCAGCUCGAGGGCUCAACGAUCGAGAAGGCCAUCAAGGGUGGCUACGUCGUCCUGGAGAACAAGGACGCCCAGAUCACUCUCGUCUCGACCGGUUCGGAGGUCUCGCUCUGCCUCGAGGCCGUCAAGACGCUCAAGGAACAGGGCAUCACUGCCCGCGUUGCCUCGCUGCCCUGCGUUGAGGUUUUCGAUGUCCAGGACAAGGAGUACAAGCUCUCCGUCAUCCCCGACGGCAUCCCCGCGCUCAGCGUCGAGGUCAUGUCCACCCUUGGCUGGGAGAAGUACUCUCACGAGCAGUUCGGCCUCAACAGGUUCGGCGCUUCCGGUCCAUACAAGGAGGUGUACAAGAAAUUCGAGUUCACUCCCGAGGGCAUCGCCAAGCGUGCCGUGGCUACCAUUGAUUUCUACAAGGAUGUCAAGCCGCUCCGCUCUCCCCUCAACCGCGCCUUCCAGCAGCUCAUCUAGAUGGAAGUGGAGGGAAGAGGGUGGUGGGGAGGACGGGAGUCUGGCGAAAGGGGUUAGAAGGAA